GGCUCCGGAGGAGGGCGCCAGCGCGGCUCCCGGCUCUCGGUGAAGCGCGCCCCGCUUCCCCGGCUCACUGCACCCCGCUGCCGGCGCCCUUUCGAGAGCUUCGUGCCCUGGCCCGGCUCGUUCUCCGAGGGGCUCCGGGGGGGCCAGAGCUGCCUGCAUGACACUCCGGCGGGGAGAAAAGACCACCAUCAGCAUCCAGGAGCAUAUGGCCAUUGACGUGUGCCCGGGUCCCAUCAAGCCCAUCAAACAGAUCUCCGACUACUUCCCCCGCUUCCCCCGGGGGCUCCCGACGGCAGUCAGCCGGACCGGCUCCCUGCAGGCCGACGGCAGCCAAGCCUCGGUCAGCCCCUCCGACCCGCCCAGGGACGACGACGAGGAUGUGGACCAGCUGUUCGGUGCCUACGGCCCCAGCCCCAGCCGCCAGCGGCAGCCCCCGGCCCAGCCCCAGCCCCAGCCCUCGGCGGGCGGCAGCGGCGGCGCCUGCAAGCCCGACGAAGACCUGGACGGGGAGGGCUACGACUCGGAUGACUGCACUGCCCUGGGGACCUUAGACUUCAGUUUGCUCUACGACCAGGAAAACAACGCCCUUCAUUGCACCAUCAAUAAAGCCAAGGGACUGAAGCCAAUGGACCAUAAUGGGCUGGCAGAUCCAUAUGUCAAACUGCAUUUGCUCCCGGGAGCAAGUAAGGCAAAUAAACUCAGAACAAAAACCCUUCGGAAUACCCUAAAUCCCACCUGGAACGAGACCCUCACCUACUAUGGAAUCACUGACGAAGAUAUGAUUCGGAAGACCCUCAGGAUUUCCGUCUGUGACGAGGACAAAUUCCGCCACAAUGAGUUCAUCGGAGAGACCCGGAUCCCCCUGAAAAAACUAAAACCCAACCAGACCAAGACCUUCAGCAUCUGCUUGGAAAAGCAGCUUCCAGUGGAUAAGACGGAAGACAAGUCCCUGGAAGAGCGAGGACGGAUCCUGAUAUCCCUCAAGUACAGCUCCCAGAAGCAGGGCCUCCUAGUGGGCAUCGUGAGGUGUGCCCACCUGGCGGCCAUGGAUGCCAACGGGUACUCCGACCCCUACGUGAAAAUAUACCUGAAACCGGACGUGGACAAAAAGUCCAAACACAAGACAGCUGUGAAGAAGAAAACCCUGAAUCCGGAAUUUAAUGAGGAAUUCUGUUAUGAAAUUAAGCACGGAGACCUGGCUAAGAAGACCCUGGAAGUCACUGUUUGGGAUUACGAUAUCGGCAAAUCCAAUGAUUUCAUUGGAGGAGUCGUGCUGGGCAUCAAUGCCAAGGGAGAACGCCUAAAGCACUGGUUUGACUGCCUAAAAAACAAGGACAAGAAAAUCGAGCGCUGGCACACACUGACCAACGAGCUGCCCGGGGCCGUGCUCAGUGACUGACCUCCGCCCCAGCUCCCCACCCCCACCGCCAGCAACACUUCAGGGUCUGAGAUUUAUGUUUACUCAGCAGCAUCACAAGGCUCCUGAACCACUGGGUCCACAAAAAUGCCGCCUUGCCUGUCCCCCCGGACACUGGGAACGGCGCCGGGCUGGGCCACGGAGGGAGAAAGCCCCGGGCCCGGGGGACCGAUCCAGGCCCCAAGAGCCAGCCGUCCCCCGCUACUGGAGCUUGAGCUGGGGCCGGGCCCAUCUGUUACUGGUCCCUGGGCCCCUUCCCCUCUCUCUGCUUCCUAAGGGGCCACAGGAGUUGGGGGAUGGGGCUUUAGGGGGUGGGAGUGGAAAGGGGGAGGACGUCUGGCUGUCCCGACCCCAGCUGGCUCCAUCCUGAGGAGGCAGGAAGAAUGGGCAGCUCCUGACCCAGCCAAGCCUAAAGUCAGAGGAGGUUGACCAGCAAGCCAAAGAAAAGUGCGGGGCAAAGGGGCUGGAGUGAGGUGCCUGGGGCCUGAUUCCCACACACGAGGCUCGGUGGGAAAGGGACAGGCUGGGAUUCCAGGCCACGACGACCGUGACUUUCCUCCCUGGCACUCCCGGAAGCGGAGUGCAGCGGCUGGUCCAGAGGAGCCUCGAAGCCCACCGGAGCAGACUCACCCCGCGUCUCCUGGCCCACCUGUCACAGGGAAGCUCGCACUCUUGGCCAGACAUUUUGCAGGGAGCAAAGGCGUGUAAGGAGGAAUCAAGUGAGCAGUGGUACCAGGCAGCCACUGGCCCACAGGGCAGCCCUGGGGGACACCAGAAGUGGGACCCUGAGCUCCAUCCCCAAAAGGCAGACCAAACCCCCCAAAUGCUCCUGGUCCUCCAGCUGAUCCUGCAAGAGGCUGAAUCCUCCUUGUCCCGGGACAGGCUUCUUGGCUGGAGACCUGGGAGCUGUGAAGGCUACACCGGGCUUGGGGUGGGCAAAGCAGUUGAUUGUCCUCCUCUUGCCCUUCCUCAAAGCAAUGCUGUUACUGGAUCAUCGUCCCCCAUUUUAUAGAUGAAGAAACUGAGGCUCUCAGAAGAGACAAGGUCUGCCUGGAUCAGGUGGGAUUUGAUCCUGGAUUUCCUGGCUUCGAGUCCUAAGCUCUAGCCACCAGGCCACCCUGUCUCUCCUCCACACAGGGCACAGGGUUGAGCACUAGGGGACACAGAAGUGUGUUUCUUCCUCUGUCACUCAUCUAAGCCCAUCUCCAUCUGGCAGCGCACAAGGGAGGCCUUCCUGCCUCCUCCCUAAAUUCCCAAGGAAUAACAUGACCCGAACAGCUGCCGAUGGGCAGGUUUGGAGCUGGCAGGGACCACGGGCAUCGUCCACGCCACUGCCCGGAGGGAACCGAGAUGUCGAGAAGUGAGUGAACUUGCCAGGUCAGCCCGGGAAUAAGGGGCAGCAGAGCACGAGCCCAGGGCUGCUGCCCCGGAACCACAUGCCUUCUGACAGACCGACCUACAGAAAAGGACCCACGGGUCCAGAUGGGAUGAGGUGCUGGUUCUUGACUCUCUGUGGCCCCAAUUAGGGUUUCCUUGGCAGAGAUACUAGAGCAGUUUGUCAUUCCCAGCUCCAGCUCAUUAUACAGAUGAGAAACUGAGGCAAAUGGUGUUAAGUGACUUGCCCAGGGUCACACAACUAGAAAGUGUCUGAGGGAAGAUUUGAACUCAGGAUGAUGAAUGAACUAUGAAGCCCCUUAAGUGCUUCAGUCUGAUAUGUGGAUCCUAUAAAAAUCAUCCUAUAAAGUCUGUAUUAAGGAGUGGGGGCCAGCAAAAGCAUUUCACUGGAGGGAAAACUGAGGCAAGGGGCAUUCUGGGUCCAGAGAGAAUGGGUGAGAGCAUCCUGAUCCCUUCUACACCAUCCAGGAAGGCUAAAGAACACAGAACUAAAAAAUGUGAGAGCUAGAAGAGGCCUUAAGGUAAACUUCAAGCCCUUCUACAGAGAGGGAAACUGAGGCACAGGAAGCAAAUACACCACGGGCUGGUGUCGAUGGUGAGGCUGGGAUGGCCAGGCCCAUUUGAGACAAGAGAGGAGGGGGUUUUGCGCACAUAGCAAACACCAGAGCUCACAGUAUGUUUUGUUCUACCCCCAGCCUUCCUUCCCCCUUGUCCCUUAGCCCUCCUGCUGCUCUGAAGGAUUUCUCCCAUUUCUCUCCCAGCCCGACCCAUGGCAUCAGAGACAGCAAGGGAAGGGAAAGGCUUCCAGUGGCUAACCUUCCUGGCAAGUUCCAAUCCACUCGGAAGUGGGCGGCUCACAGCACAUCCAGGGCGGCAGGUGGUUUUUCCAGGAGAAAGGGCAGAGAGAGCAAUCAGGGAUCUGCAAUCAUUACCUGUAGGUGUGAUCUUGGGCUAAUUGAUCACUUCCUAGUCCUCAGUUUCCACAUCUGUAAAAUGGGUUCUUGGACUGAAUAAUCUGAGCUCCAGCGCUAGGGCCUCUGAGAGUCCCCGGCCUGCGUCCCUCUGCUGCCUCCACUUCCUCCUUCCUCCUCCUCCUUUCUGAUGACUUCCCUUCCCACCAGUUGCUGGCUGGAGAGGCCCCCAACCCCGAGGAGCAACCAAAGGUGCUAUUUCCUGCAAAACCCCACUGCCCUGGGGAAGAAGACUCCCUUUCCCUCCCUCGGUUUGUAAGGCUUGGGGUUCCAUCCGCUGACCCUGGUGUGGUCCCUCCCCAAAACUACACGGCACACGCCGGCCCAUUCCAUGACCUUUGAGGGAAGGAUCGGUGCUCUGCCCAAGGGAUCGGUACUCCAGGACAGUCAUCCGGACCAGACUCACCCACGUGGCCUUUCGGUCUCCUGGAGAAUGCAAGAGAAAGUGAGAGGUAUGGCGGGGAAUGGGCAGCCGGCUCACCUGUGGAGGGAGCCUAUCCGAACCAAGCUGACCCGACAAAGCACCGGGACCAAGGUUCCAGCCGACACAAGCCAGGAAACGGGAGGCCCGAGAGGAAAUAGCUUGUCCAGAACCACAGCGGACCAGGAAGAGGCCCCGGCUCCCGGUCAGCGAAGCCCCUCCUGCCAGGCCCCCGAAGACAAGACUUCCUAAAGCCCUUACCCGGCCAGGCCGGUCCUUGGCAGCAUGAAGUGUGACUUGAGAGGUGCCCUCCGCCCCCGCGGGGCCUGCAAUUCCUACCAUGACUUCAAGAAUCAACUAAGUAGGAGGCAGGGCCGGCCACCUUAAAACACCCACCUCCCCAGACCCCCACCUUCCCACGCUCUCCUAUUCACCUUCCCGCCCACCUUCGUGUAUGAGCUCUAUUGGCUGGGCAGGGGCCAGGAGAAUGGGCCAAGCCCAACAGCCAACUUCCCAGCUUUGCCCAGGGCCAGCGCUUUUUAGGGGAAAACUCUACUCAUACAAAUGGUGAGAAAACGCUCCUCUUGGCCCUUUCCCAGAGGCUCAAUCUGCACGCUCUCCCCCAUUAUUAGUCCUUGAGGGAAGCUUGCAGGGAGGCAAGUUCAAAUCCUGUCAACACUUCGUAGGGGACCCGGGUCAGCUCUGGUAAUCGGAUCCUGGAUGGAGAGCUGGAAGGUCCAGCCCCCUCAUUUUAUGUUGAAGUCAGGCCCCCAUUUCCCUCCCCUAUAAAGUGAGAAGGUUAAAAUCAGUGAUCUCAGACGUGCCUUCCAGCCCUGACAUUCCCUUGAUGGUCUCUAUGGCAAACCUACAAUUACAUAAACAAAAACAAAAUUACAUAAACAAAAUGCAUACAAGUACACACACACACACACACACACACACCCCUAUCACAGAGAGAAAUUACUUCUGGAUUACCCCGUCUGGAAUUGCUCCCUUCUUCCCACUAUUGGCGGGGCCUGGUUUCUCUGCUCACUGUUCUGGGGCUCUAUCAUUGCUUUGCCUUCCCCCACACCCUAAUAGCCCGGUUCUCCCCCUCUUCCUUAUGAAAGGGUUCAGUGGAUGGGGCUGUUUAGGAGUCUCUCUGAAGGCCCACUCACUGCCUGGGCUGCCCCAGCCUCCCCCCCAGCGAGCAGAAGCAAGAAGGCCCAGGGAUGUGCAGGGCCUGAGAUGUUUCCCAACUGCUCCUCCAGACUCAGGAGCUCAGGAGUCUUGUCUUCCUUCCGUGGUGUCCCGACAGCGAGUCAGGGGAGCAUCGUGGUAAAGGGAGGUGUUUGCAGUUGUCUGACCUCAAAGGCUCUGAACCCCAGAACGUUGGGGCGAGAGGGCAGAGAAGAGGCUGUGGUCAGAACCCUACACAGAGGAGGAGAACAAACCCAGGGGCCUGGCAUGUGCCUGGGGUCACAGAGCUGCUUGGCCGCAGAACCAGGAGAAAAACCCACUCUAGGACUCGGUGACCUUGGCCAACCCGUCAUCCCCAAAGCAAAUCAGCCAAAUUUCGGCAGGUCCUAGUCAGGCCCACACACAGAGGGCAGGAGAUUUACCCGUCACUCUGCUCUGUUCGGCUUAUUCAUCUGAAACCACAGUCCUCUCCUCCAGCUAAUGGAUGGGGAAGCUGAAGCCCAGAGAGGUGAGUGACUUCUGUGGCAGAGGUGGGAUGCAAAUCCGUAUCACCUGGCUCCAAAUCCUUCACAGCUUCUAGCUGUGUGACCCUAGGCAAGUCACAACCCCAACUGCCUCCGCAAAAAAGAAAUCACAUCUGUGCAGAGGGAUCCAGGAAGAACUACGUGCAGGCGAAGGCAGGCCCGGUAGCCACCUGGAAGGGGCUGCUCUAGUGCAGGGGAGUCAGUAAGAGGCAGAAGGGGAGAGAAGCAGGGCCAGGAUGUGGUGGCCCCCUGCGGGGGAGACGGAGAGCAGAAAGGAGCCCGGAGCAGGGGAGGAGGGCGGCAGGGAGCAGUCCCCCAGCUCACAUCCUUCUAGGUCCAAACCUGCUUCUUGUCUGGGAGUAAGAACAGGCUGCACGGAUGCCUUGGCAUCCCUACGGCAUCACAAGCCAACUCCCGGGCCUUCGUUCCCCAACAGAUGGGCCAGGCCGAAUUCUAAAUCCCCAGCCGUCCUCCCUGAGCAGAGCCCCAGGCUUGGCCAUCAGCCCCAGCGUAACUUCCCACGCUGCCCCUCCCAAAAUAGCCCCUCCCACUCCAAAGUCACAAGUGAGGGUUUGGGGAUGGCCGACAUUUUGGUUUAUUGGGUCCGCCUAAGUGACACUGGACAAGUUACUUCUUCAGGUCUCAGUUUCCUCAUCUGUAAAGUAGAAGGCUGACCUCACAGCUCCUUCCAGCUCUAAAUAAGUCAUCUGAAGAUGGCUGAAGCGACCACCUCCUCCUAAUCACUGGCCAAGCAUCGCUCAGUCUUCUACAACUGAGGCAGUCCCCUACUGACCUCGACAUGCAGCUUCUGGCUGAGAAGUCGGGCGGGGAGGGGACGGGCCGAGGGCAGUGGGGUCAGCUCCGGCCAACGGGAGCCCUGGAGUCAGCGAGCCUGGGCAGGACGAAAGGUGCAUGUCGUUUCCACCCAAACAAGCAUAUAAACAAAUGCAUGGACUCUCACUGUCGUCAACUGGGACCCUCACUGUUUGAUACGGUUUUGCUACAAAGUGAGGGUCACAGAAAUUAUCCUUCAACUGCCUCCCACAAAAUUGAUUUUGUACUUCAGUAUGAUCUACCCCAACAGUGUCCUUUUCAGAUCUUAUUUGUUAAUAUUUAUAUAACGACAUAUAAUCCAAAGUAAAAAUAAAAGGCCAAUGAGAUCUUG